AUGACGCAGAACGCCCGUCUUGACCUCUUUCAGCAAGAAAAGGAGAAACAAGGAUUCUGGCUCGAACGAAAGGAAUUGGCGAUUGAGCAUCCCCUUUCACCCGAGAUAACUAUCACUGGGGUACGAGACGAGCAGCUGGACGAUGUUUGCGAGCCCGCGUCUCAACCCGGCAUUGCAAGCCCUUCAGAGCCGCACCCACUUUACAAACCAUCGACUUGCGUAAUGCUUAAGCUUAUUCGAGGCUUGCACGUCGGACCGAAUUGCUGGUCGCAGGUUUGGCUCACCCAGCGGCGCCCACUGCGCGAAAGCGAAGGAGCAGACUGCGUCGCAAAGUUCGUUCAAGAAGGCUUAUUCCCGAAACCAGACUCUUUCUGCGAAGGACCAGAAAUAUGCCGAGCAACUGGACUUUACAGAAGAGAGGCACAGGCCUACGCUAGAAUGGAGAGUAUACAGGGGAAGAUAAUCCCUAAGUCAUACGGGUUCUAUACAUUUACCCUUCCAGGUAAUCAAAUGGUUCAAGGGCAUGUGAUGGAAUAUAUAGACGGAACACCCCUUGUGCACGACUACAAGAGCAUGCGCGAUGGCACCUGGGAACUACCGGUCGCCCGUGAGGAGCGACGUCGCAGUAUGAUUAGCCUUGUAGAUGCUGUCUAUGCCAUUUACGCGCUUGGCGUCAAUCAUGGCGAUCUCAGACCGAGCAACGUUUUGCAGCUUCGGACUGAUCCAGUGCGCUACGUUAUCAUCGACUUUGGUCGUGCCAGCCUCAUCGACGUUGGUCGUGGCCGCAUCCGCGAUCAGCUGUCUUAUGGCCAGAGAGAGGACCGCAUGGGGCUGUGGGAAUGCCUCUGUGAGAUCGAGGAGGCCGAGUUUGUCCUAGAGUGGAUGAAGGAGUGCAUGACGUCUGAAGCGCCUUUGACUGGUCUAUUUCAGAAGAAGGAAUUUCUGGAAUAUAAUGCACCAAGAGCGCGCGGAAUUGAGUAUAGAUAUCGCGAGAGUGCCAAGCAUUAUGCUAUUUGAUCGCAAU